AUGCAGGAAGUUUCUCUUUUUGCAGGCAUCAGUGCCUACAAAAAGGAGAAAGUAAUGCAUGUUCUUACACGUCUGACUGGUCAGAAACAGUCUACGUUCAUGGAAUGGUAUAUGGUUUAUGUGCCACCGUCUGGUAAGCAAUUUGUGUCGGCGUUUUCCCGCAAACCCAGUACCGAGAGUGUUAGAUGGGAUGCCCAGAGUGAGAACGCAGGAUUAACCAGUGAUCGGCCAGAUUUGUAUUUGCGUCUCUAUACACAGCUUACUAAAGCAGAAGCAACAGCUAUUGCAUCAGCAAUUGGAUCUGAAAAUGGCUCUAUUGCCACAUGUUCUUUGCUUAUAGAACGUCAAUGGACGGUAGUGCUUAUUGAUGCACCAGAAGCAGGUGUUAAGCGUCCAGCAACAUCGCGGUUGCGGCUGCAAUCUCGUGUUAUGCAUGGUAAUAUCUUUGCACUGCUUGAAGAGCUUGGAUAUACCUUUCGUUUUGCAUAUGCUCUUCAUGGAAUUCGUUAUAUUUAUGGGUAUUGUGUGUUAACACUUGCUCAGCCAUUACAUCAGCAGAUGAUGCAGACGGCUCAGACAGCUACACAUGAAAUGAAGUCUUUGAGUGUUAGUUCAGCACUAUCUUCAUGUUCUGUAGCAGCGGAGUUAGCUACAUGUUCAUCAAAUUCUGUUUUUUCUUCUUCUGUCCCCGCUUUAGUGCCUGUAGAUCGGACAGAUAGUUGGUUGUUAGAGGCUACUGUAAAUGUAGAGAAUGCUAAUGAUCGAGUUUUAAUGGAUGAAGCGGUUGAGGAGCUUUCACGGCUGCGGAAGAUUCUCCAAGGAGUCUGUCAUCUUGAGCCUGCCGAUGAUUAUCGGCUUCGUUAA